AUGAUCACCGCGGCGGCCUCUCCUCCUCCGCCGGAGCCGGGCUCGGAUCACGAGGCACAGCGGGGACCCUCCGACAUCGCCACCGAGGCCAAGGAGCUCAACGGCAAUGCCGCGAUCGCCGAGAUAAAGACCGAGCAGACCAUCGACGUGGACAACAAUGGGGAACAGGAGAAGGCUACCGUCAAAAAGAGUCCGGCAAUGUGCGGCAUUUGCGAGACUAUAGUGUCCAAAUACAAGUGCCCACGUUGCUACUUGCCCUACUGCUCCGUCGCCUGCAACAAGAUACACCAGGACAACCAUCCUCCAGACACGAAGCCCAAGCUCGAGCCUGCCCAGGCUCCAGAACAGGCUCCCGCCACGUCUCUCCCUGCCAAGCCGUCUGGCCCUCCGAAUCCCUUCUCGGCGCUCGACAACUCUGACAAGCUCACGUGGCUGUUCCGCAAGUACCCAGACCUACCACAGCAACUGCUCGACAUCCACGCCGAGACGCAGCCACCGCCUGAGGACCCUAGCAAACAAAUCCCAGCGUCGCUCAUGCAGGGCGUCGCCAACCCGAGGAGGAACAACUGGACUCGCGAUCAAGGUAUCAAGAAGGGCAAAGCGGCCCUCCGAAAGGCGCGGCAGCUACCGGGGAAGGCAGGAGAGGCGGUCCGCGAGUAUUGCACGCUCAUUAAGAUGCUCCUCAACGAAGACGAAGCCGACGACGGCGGCGCCACGGCGACCCUCCAGCGACAGUUCGCCCAGCAAGAUGCAGAGUUAAUACGCCAGCUGAUGGAGGAGGAAAAGGGCCGCCGUUGA